AUGCCUCUUCUCGCCUUUGGUGAGAGCGGCUCCCGCGGGGGAGGCUGCGGGCUCGCCUCUGCCCCGGGUCCCGGCAGGCGCCUGGCCGCGGCAGGUACCUCCACGUCCCGCGGGGCUCUGCCGCCCGCCCCUCCGAAAUCAUGGCAUCCCUCGCUGCCAGGGCCGACCAGAAACCCGCCGCGUCGCCUGGAAGGACCGUCGUCCGGGGAUAACGUGUACGAAAGAUGCCGGGGGGAGGGGGCUCUCCCGCCGCCGCCCCCGGGGUGCACGCCGGGGAGCUGCUGUCCGGGAGGCUGGGGAGGGAAGAGAGAGUCCGGGGCUCCCCAGGAGCAGCGCCAGGUGAACCUCCCCGAUGCAGGUUACUCACAGCGCUGCGAUCCUCCCCCGCCCGCCCAGCCGCUUCCUUCCUUCUCACACCCGGGCAGGUCGGAGGGACGGGGCUGGGACCGGGCCCACGCCGGCCCCGGUCCCCUUGCAAAGGGCCCCCUCCUCUCCGCUCGCCGGCGGAGCCCUCUGUACCCUGGCACGGCCGGCUCUGCGCGACGUGCCGCGGCCCGGCGCCCCCCCCCCCCCCCGGGACAGGGAGCGCCCGGUGUGCGGGGGCGGGGGCGCGGGCAGGCAGCCCGGACCCCGCAGGAGCUCAGGGAGACGCGGGUUCCUCCCAUAGCGGGAGAGGCACCUGGAAAGACGCUUUCCCCGCGCAGGGACGGGGUCCGCCCGCCCCGGGCCGGGUCACUUCCCCUGGCUCCUGCAAGGGCGGAGGCUUCUCCGCGCCGUCCCCAGGGCCUGCGACCCCGCCGCCCUCGGGAGUCCCCACGCACAUGCACGGAGCUUGCGGGGGAAGUCAGCCGGCACGUACUUACUGGCCACCUGGAUCCCUCUAACGGUCUCGCAAGUCUCUCCUAA